UGAAAAAGAAGGACAUGAAAAAGAAUCUUUGUUUCCUCGGUAACCAACAGUGUUGGUUUCCAGCAAUAGAUUACUUCUGACCAGUUGGUAUAUGACAUCAUCUUUGAAUGGAGGCUGCUACUUGUGGAAAAGCCAAAAUGACUGUGAAAUUUUUCUUUCUUCUUUCUUUGACAUCUGUGCCCUUGGCUCUUGGCACAGGGAAUGAGCAGGAAAGGACAGCUGCCUUACAAGCCUCUGAUAUAUCCUGUGUGGACCCAGAUCGCUUUUACGAUCAUACCGUGUGGACCCAGCAAGAUUCGGUUAAUCAUUUGUUUUGCCCGUUGGAUAAUCAGAGCCUCCAGCUACUUCAGACUACCUCAGCCUUUGAUGUCCAUUGGUACAAAGAUUGUCAACCGCUUAACCUCAGUGCUUCAGGACACCUACACAGCAUACUGCACAACACAACAUCAUACCUCUCCUUUGAGCACGCAGAGGCUGAGGAUUCAGGCAAUUACACCUGCAUACUCUACUUGAAUGAACAGAGAAACGCCUCCUUCACCAUUCGGCUGGUAAUGGCAGAUCUUUGCAAUGUGCCACCUAAGUUCCUUUACCCUUCUAAAAAUGUGACUUUUGAGCAUACUUUAGGGAGCCAGUUAACAUUGAAUUGCACUGUGCAGCUACCUUAUGGCAAAAACUGUGACCUUGCCCUCCAUUGGAUGAAAGAUGACCAGUGGUUAGAUGGCGAAAUUUACUCUUCUACCACUCAAUGGUUCAAUGACAAUGUAACAGACAUAUUUAUCUCUGGUACUUUGGAUGUGAAUGUGACUACUGAUGAGAAUUAUGGAGUUUUUGCCUGCUUGGUUAGAAACAGCACAGCAAUUUUCACACUUCAAAAAUCAGCAGAGGCUGCUGGCCACUUGGGUGCUGUGCUAGCUGCAUUCAUCAUCCUAACACUGCUGCUGCUAAUGGGUGUGAUGUACGUGAAGUGUCGUCUGAAUGCGCUGCUCUGGUACAAGAAUCGAUAUGGCGAUCUAGAGAUGAAUGAUGGCAAGCUCUAUGAUGCCUAUGUGUCUUAUGCUAACUCAACAGAUGACAGAAAGUUUGUGAACUUCAUAAUGAAACCACAGCUGGAAAAUCGUUAUGGCUACAAACUCUUCUUGGAUGAUAAAGACAUCCUGCCCAACUCAGAGCCUUCUGCAGAUCUGAUCAUGAAUGUCAGUCGAUGCCGUCGCCUCAUUAUUGUUCUUUCUAAUGCUUACCUGGAACAGGAAUGGUGCAACAGUAAUUUCAGGGAAGGUCUGUGGAGACUGCUGGAACUGUCUCAGAGGCCAAUUUUUGUUGCCUUCGAGAGCCAGUACCGGGAAAUAGCACAUCCAGCCAUUAAUCUGUUGAAGCAGCAGAAGAGCACAGUGACUCUGUUGAUAUGGCGUGCUGGUUCCAUGAUGCCUUCAUCUGAUUUCUGGAAAGAACUGUGCCUCACCCUACCAAGGAAAGUGUCCUGCCAGGGCCUCAGAGGAGACCCCCAAACCCAUCGCCAGGAAGAUAAGGAUCCUAUGCUGAUCAUCCACAGCAACUACCUGGAUUUCCGGAGGGAAUCACGCUCUGAGGGAGACACUGGUGUCCAAGGUUCUAUUUUCAAAGGUCCAGCACCUCCUCGAAUGACUGGCUCUGGUUCUGAUGGUCCACCUUUUGCUACACUGGAAGAAGUGCAGCUUGGAGAAAACCAAAGGAAUGAGAUUGACAUUUCUGAUCUGGGAUCUCGCAACUAUGGAGCAAGGACAGACUUCUACUGCCUUGUGACGGAAGAUGACAUAUAAGAGAUUCUGGAGUUAUUCCUGUGACAUCUUGACAAUCUUCAGUAGCAUUAUGUACCUUAACAAGGAUAAUUUGCUUGGCUAGUUUCUUUCAACCAGUCCCCUCCCCUCAGUGCUAUGAUUGCAGAAAGGAUUAUUAGCUAAUCUUUGAGAAUAUCUGGCUAUUUUUCAGUAGUGCCUUACAGUAACAUUUAGAUGAUUAUUGUCUUGUGUUUUUAAAACUGUUUAGAGCUCAAAGGGAAUUUUCAGGGAAGGAAGGUUGCCUUGAAUGACAGUGUGGCAAAUUCUUAGAUAUUAUUGGCUCAGUAGACCGUCAUACUGGGAUUUUUUUCUAGCAACUGAUUGGAAUGUUCCUGCUUUAUUGCUAGCAUCUGUGGAUAGGCCUGUUGUUACAGAAAUGGGUAUCUAUGAUACCCGUUGAGCCCUGGCAGGACUGAGACCCUGGCUCUUGCUGUAAAUAUGACAGCAAGCAAUACCUGUGCUUUGGAGUCAACUUUUUAGACAAAGCUCCCUGGAGAGGGCAAUUUAGGAUCCCAGUGAAAAAGAGCAUUAACGCAAGUUCCCUUUAGCAGGCAGCAUUUUCUCAGUACACAUACUUUGCCUUAAAGACUGACUGUAAUAAUAUUUUUCUGAAUGAGUCUUAUGAUGGCGAACUUUUCUUGUUUCUGAGUAAAUCUGGGAUUGCUGCUUUAAUUGUUCCUGGUUCUGUUAAGUGCAGAUGAAGAGACGAAGGAGGGGACUGGCAACCAAUGCCUGAAGAAAAGCAUAGCACACAGGGCAGAGGCCUUGAGAAGCAGUGGUACUGGAAAUCUAGAUUACAGGGUCAAGUAUUACUUUAUGGCCCAGUUAACAUUAUAGUAAAAGUUCCCUAUGCAAGAGUAAUGUUAGAAAAGGUUGGUAGGGGUCCAUCUAUGAUCCUGUGACAAUAUGCUGUCAUCAGGCAAGGCUCAAUGACUGUUCCAUCAGAAGGCCUUGUGUGGGUGACAGCAGAACAUCAACAAGCCUUCCUUGGUUGCUUGCUGCCUCAUUGGUUCACAGGGCAGCUAUUCUCGUUUUUUUUAAAAAAAAACAAUGAAUGUAAUUAAAGCUUAUUUUAAGCUA